AUGGCGGACGAUUUGGAUGCUGAGCUGCUGGCUCUCGCUGGUGACUCUGAGGAGGAAAACUCCCCUCCCCCUCAGCAGAAGGAUGAAUCACCAGAACCUUCUGGCUCCCCUCGCUCACCAGAUCGUGAUCGUUCACCGGCAGCCAUGGGUGCCAAGGGAACUGCCAAAUCUGCUCGCCGGCCGCGGAAGGUGAAGGAUGAAGAUGGUGAAAUCUCCGAGGCCGAUUCCCAACACUCUCUGCAGUCCGCCGCAAUGUCUGAAUCUGACUCCGAUGCGGGAGACGCCACCGAUGAAGAAGACCGGCCCAUCUUCCCAUAUGACAAGCUAUACUACUCCGCGAAGGAGAAGCAGGAAAUCUCGGCAAUGCCAGAGAUUCAACGUGAGGAGCUUCUCUCAGAGCGUGCCCAGCAAGUCGAUCGCCACAACCAGGAUCUGGCUCUACGUCGCCUCCUAGCCUCGCGAGAGCGCGAUGAACAGCGAGCUGCUGCUAAAGCCAAGCGCAAGGCCGGGUCCGCUGGCCUGGAUGACAAUCAGCGGAAGAGCUCCCGACAGAAGACGACUCUGGGUGGCCGCAAAGUGGGAGAAACCUCUGCCGCCAUCGACGCUUACAAGCGUCAGCGUGAGCAGAAGGGCAAACGAGAUGAACUGCGCCGCCGCGAUACCCCACAAUCCCGCAGACGCUCCCGCUCGCUGGGCUCUGACAUGUCCGACGAGGAUGUCGAAGCCGAAAGCGACCUCGAACUAGAUAAUCGCCGCUCGCCCUCCAUACCUAAAGACGACCCGCCUGCCGAGCUCCGGGAUAUCCAGCGUGCUCGUGUUGGCCGCAGCAACUUUGCCCAGGUCUGCUUCUACCCUGGGUUCGAAGAUGCCAUCAUGGGCUGCUACGCUCGUGUCAAUAUUGGACCCAAUGCGGACACUGGCCUGAACGAGUACCGCGUCUGCUUGAUCACAGGCUUCACUACGGGCAAGCCCUAUGCCAUGGAGGCUACAAAUGGCCGGCCCUUUGUCACUGACCAGUAUGCCAAGAUGGCACAUGGCAAGGCAAUCCGCGAGUUCCCUUUCAUUGCCUGUUCCGACUCCCCCUUCACUGACACUGAGUACAACCGCUACCGCAAGACUAUGGCCGUUGAGGAUGGCAAAAUGGCCACUCAAACAAAGCUGGCCUCCAAGGUCGCUGAUAUCAACCGCCUGAUCAACCACCAGUUCACAGCCGCAGAACUGAACGAGAAACUACGCAAGCAGGGUACAUUUGACGCCAAGAAGGAUGUUCUUCGUCGUGUUGACCUGGAGCGAGAUCUCAAGUUCGCCAGGGCCAAUGGUAAGGAAGACGAGGUCGAGAAGCUGCAGAAGGAAUUGGAUCAGAUUCUCAACCCUAAUCUCUCCUGGGGUACCACCCUCCUGAAGCCAGCUGCCGACAAGACGCUCUCCGAGGCAGAGCGUGUCCACCUGAUCAAUCUUCGCAACCAGAAGCUCAACCACGAGAAUGUCCGCCGUGCACAAAUCGAAGAGCGAAAGGCUGCUCGCAAGGCCGCCGCCGCAGUUGCACGUGGCGAGGCCUCUACCGAUCCUUUCAUGCGUGUCCGAACCAUCGCCAAGACUCACCACGAUGUCUCCGACAAACCGAAGGAAGAGAUCCUGCCUGCUGAUGGCACUCCCGUCGAUACCCCCAAGGACGCUUCCAAGCCGGGUACUGAUAGCCCUUCGGUGGCGACUCCCAAUUCUGGUCUGACUCCGAAGAAGCCCAAGAGUGGUUUUAUGAUCAGCUACAGGAAGAACGACGACGAGGCCAUUGGAGAUAUGGACCUGGGGAUUGACAUUGACAUCUAGGUAUUUGUCUUGUUGAUUUUGAUUCUAUUUACCAGAUUUGCGUAUCAGCCUUGCCAGUCGUGUACACACUAGAGGAUCUUGCGGUGGAUGCAGAAAACGGCUUCUUUUCUUCUUGUUAUUAUCGGGAAUUGGCGCAUGGGCUUUGCGGCGUCUAUUCAGAAAAUCUUUAUGGGAAUCUGUUUUGU